GUCAAAGUUUGAACUGGACCGCGGAGUGAGAGAAGCUAAGCUAGCUGUAGUGUAAACAGCCGAUGGUUUGUGCUUUAAAUUCAUUGUCCGGUGGACAAAAGAUAUGAAAAGAUGAUGGAGUCCUGUUUAGCCGGGGACCCAGACAGAGGGUUACCGAUAGAGGUGGAAGACAUCAAGAAAAACCUGCUGGAUGAAUUUGCUCUGGACAAUGAUCGGUCACAGACUGAGAACCUGCAGGUGUACCUGAGAGUACGGCCGUUUACUGCUGGUGAAAGCGACAGUGGAGAGUCACAGGACUGUGUGACCAUCGAAGGCUCCGACACCGUGGUCCUUAAACCUCCCAGGAUCUGUCAAUCAAACCGACAGGGAGAGAAGCCCCUCCCACAAACAGCACAGAGGUUCACGUUCACGCAGGUGUUCGGUCCGGAGGCCAGUCAGAGGGAGGUGUUCAAGGGUUCUGUUCGCAGUUUGGUCCGAGGGGUUCUGCUGGGAGGGAACUCUCUGGUGUUCACCUACGGAGUCACUAAUGCCGGGAAAACCUUCACCUUCCUUGGUCCGGACCACGACUCGGGCCUGCUGCCCAGGUCUCUGUCCAUCAUCUUCAACAGCAUAGAGGGCCGUCUGUACGGCCUCAGUGACCUGAAGCCUCAACGAUGCAGAGACUUCACCAGGCUGACCCCAGAUCAGCAGCUAGCCGAGGCCAACAGCAAGAAGAACCUGCUGAGGAUGUUCAGAGAGAACGACAAGACGGUGGCGGCUGGAAAAUCAGCUUCCUUCGAAGGUUCGUCCCUCAGCAGCGACAGCAGCCUGAACGGUGUCUCUGAGGCCGACAGCUUCUGUCUGGACGUUUCCUCUAACGUCUGCUUCUCUGUUUGGGUCUCGUUCUGCGAGAUCUACAACGAGAGCAUCCACGACCUGCUGGAACAGGUCCCCAGUGGACAACACAAGAGGACGGUCCUGCGUCUGUCUCAGGACAUCAAAGGAAACUCCUUCAUCAAAGACCUGCGCUGGGUCCAGGUGAACAGCUCCGAGGAGGCCUACAGGAUCAUGAAGAUCGGGAGGAAGAACCAGAGCUGCUUCUCCACCAAACUCAACCAGAUGUCCAGCAGGAGCCACAGCAUCUUCUCCGUCAGGGUCCUCCGCAUCGCCGACGUCGGGGUUCCCAGAGUCCUCGGCAUCAGCGAACUGGUUCUGUGCGACCUGGCCGGCUCCGAGCGCUGCUCUCGGACUCGCAACACGGGAGUCAGGCUGAAGGAGGCGGGAAACAUCAACAGCUCCCUGCUCACGCUGGGGAAGUGCAUCAACGCCAUGAGGCUCAACCAGAAUGCCAAGUUCCAGCACCACGUCCCCUUCAGGGAGUCCAAACUCACCCACUUCCUGCAGUUCUUCUUCUGUGGUGCCGGCCGCGUGUCCAUGGUGGUCAACGUCAACCAGAACUCCAGCAGCUUCGAUGAGACGCUCAACGUCCUGAAGUUCUCCGCCCUGGCUCAGAAGGUGGUGGUGAUGAGCUCACAGCCCACAGUUCUGGACGACACCAACAACUCAUCCAUGUCAGUUAUCGUGGAUGAGGCGGAGCAGCGCGGGAACGUGUUGGGGCGGAGCAGGAGGAGCUCGCUGCUCGCCUGGGAGACAAGCCUGGAGGACGUGCAGGAGGACGGAGAGGAGGAAGAGGAGGAGGAGGAGGAGACGACGGGUCCAGUGGCGGCGCUCCGGUUGGUUCUGGAGGCUCAGAUCAGAAAAGAGGUCAGCGCUGAGUUCACCGAGCUCUUCAACAAGAUGGAGAGGGACUACAGCGAGCGGCUGGAGAGGGAGAGAGAGAUCCUGGAGGAGCGGUCCGACAGGAGGGUGGAGAUUCUGAAGAACCUGAUCAGUCAGACCGUGGACCUGCCUGCCGUCAGCAAGGAGGAAAAGACAGCUUUCAUCAACUCCAUAACUGAAGACCUGCAGAAGAUCAGAGAGGGAGCAGAGAGCGUCCAGCUCUGCCUGACUGAAGACUCACAUCACAUGCUGGAGUUGGAGACGCUGCGAUUGGAGAAGCAGCAGUCACAUGAUCAGCUGCAGGAAGCCUUGAAGGACCUGCAGCUGCAGCAGCAGAAAGUCUCGGAUCUGACCCGGGUCAGGCAGCAGAAAGAUGAUGUCAUCAAAAAGCUGCAGGAAGCCCUGGAGAUUGCCACCACAGAGAGAGACGCAACCUGCAGCUGCAGGAGGAGAACCAGAGGAGAGGAGGAGGAGAGCAGGAAACGCCACAGAGAUGAUGGGGAGGAGCAGACAGGAGGAGCCGCCAAGAGGAAAGGUGUGCUCUUAGAGGAGAUCUGGAGGCUGCAGGAGGAAACCAAAAAGAAGGAGGAGAUAAUCAACGAGCUGAGGAAGAGGGAGGAGCUGAGGAGAGGCCAGGAGGAGGAGCCAAAGAGACGAGCGGAAAAGCUGAGGAGCCGAGAGGAGGAGGUGAUCAGUCGAGAGCAAGAGGCGAGGGGCCGAGAGGAGGAGCUGAGGAGGCUGGGGGAGGAGCUAAACGAACGAGCCAGUAAGCUAAGAGGACAGGAGGAGGAGCUAAAGAGACGAGCGGAUAAGCUGAGGAGCCGAGAGCAGGAGGUGAUCAGUCGAGAGCAAGAGGCGAGGGGCCGAGAGGAGGAGGUGAUCAGUCAAGUGCAAGAGUCGAGGGGCCGAGAGGAGGAGCUGAGGAGGCUGGGGGAGGAGCUAAACGGACGAGCGGAUAAGCUAAGAGGCCAGGAGGAGGAGCUAAAGGGACGAGCAGAAAAGCUGAGGGGCACAGAGGAGGAGCUGAGGAGAUGGGAGGAGGAGCUGAGGGGACAAGAGGAGAAGAUGGAGCAACUGAAGGAGGAGAACAUGAAGGAGAACAUGCAGAAACUGACAGAUCUGCACGAUUGUCCAAACUGUGACUCGGUGCUUUCGUCUCUGGAGGUGGAGCAGAAGGAGACGGCCCGGCUGCAGAAGGAGAACAAAGCUUUAGUUAACGGGAUUUUCCAGCUGCAGAAGGAGGCCACCGAUCUGCAAACGGAGCUCAAACUGCAAACUGACAGGUACGACAGCCUAUCAGAGCAGCUCAGCAGGUCUAAGUCCCGCCUCCUGGACCUGGAAAACCAAUUGGGGGAGAAGAAGACCUCCAUGAAGAGUCUGACAGAGGAAGUGGACCGUCUGAAACAGGAAGUCAAGAAGGAGGAGGGGCGGAGCCUAAGCAGCAGCAGCGUCUUCCACGCCACCAUGGAGGAGCUGAAGAAGGAGAGUCAGGCGGCGCUGCAGAGGUCUGCUCAGAAGUCAGAACAGAUCGAGGAGCUGCAGAUAGAGAGGAGGCGGCUGGAGGAGUCGCUGGCUAGCAGCCAGAGCAGGUGUGAGGAGCUGAGUCAGGAGUUGGCCAAUCAGAAAGCAGAACUCACCCAGCAGCUGCAGAACCUGAGGGCGGAGCUUGAGUCUGAGGGCGGAGCUCUGCGACACAGACUGGAGGAGAUGAAGAGAGCAGAGAGGGAGAGGAGGAAGGAGCUGUCAGAACUAAGUGGAAUGGUGUCUGAGAAGGAGGAGCUCCUGGAGGAGAGCCGAGAACUCGCAGAGACUCUGAGACAAGAACUGCAGCGUCUGAAGGAGAACCUGCUGAGGAGCGAGGAGAAGGAGAACCGAGGAGUGAAGGCCAGGAGGGGGAGGACACUGCAGGGAAAGGAGGAGGAGCCUAACACACAGGACGUCUGUCCUUCUCCCCUGAGGUCCAACAAGACGCAGAAGAAGAGAGUCCCUAAAAGUCAGAGCAGGAAGAGGAAGAGCAGCGAGGUGGAGGGUUUGAGUUUCAGUGAAAACAAGAAGGACAGAGAAAACAGCAGGAGACAGGACCAGAGAGACAGGUCUCUACAGAUGAUUGAAGAAUUGAUCCAGGACUCUCCCUCGGUCCUGAGCAGCGCAGCUAAAACCGUCCCUCCUCCGGUCAGAGAGCGUUCCACGAUGGAGGAGGCGGUGACCAAACCCCGGAGAGGGCGGAGGAAGCUGUUCAAGAUGGACGCCUCGGCCACGCUGCUGGACUCGCCGCACACGACGUCAGGAGAAGCAGAGGACGACAAGGAGAGCGAUCACCUGAUCAUCAGGAGGCAGCUGCGCUCCAAAACCUGCAGGAAGUGAUUUCAUCUUUUCAGACGUUGUACAGACUUGAGUUUAAUCUGUUUUUAUGUUUUCAUUUGUUUAAUAAAGAAUCUAGAACGACA